AGAGAAGAAGGAGAAUCGAAGGAAGGAAAAAGGAGAAGACGAAGAAGAUGUCUUUGGUGUGGCUAGAAGCGGCUCUGCCUCUCGGAAUUAUCGGAGGGAUGCUUUGCAUUAUGGGAAACUCUCAGUACUACAUCCACAAAGCUUAUCAUGGCCGACCGAAGCACAUCGGCCACGAUGAAUGGGAUGUUGCUAUGGAGAGACGCGACAAGAAAGUCGUCGAGAAAGCCACAGCUCCUUCCUCAUGAUCCGCUUUCUUUUCAAUUGUCCCUCAGGGGCUUAAGGAGAACACUUGUGGUCACAAAUAAAGUAUAUUCCAGAAGACGCAGCAGCUGGAGACUCUAUUACUGUUAUUCCCGUUUGAUUUUUCUUGGAGACAAGUUCGGAUAAAGCUUUGAAGCUAAAAAAAAAACCUUUCCUGCUUUCGAAAUUCAGACCGUAAUUACAUUUGGUUUAUAACAUUUUUCUAUUUUGUUUGUGUGAUAAAUGUUGUUUAAAUUUCAUGAGAUUUGGUUUACAACUACAUUCUUGCUGUGUGGA